AUGACGGUACAAUCCAUGCCAGUUCACAGCAUCGUGCUGUUGGAAACAGUGGUCGUUAAAGUUGUUGAUCAACAUGGUAAAGAAUACUCCGCACGCGCACUCCUUGAUUCGGCAUCCAUGUGCAACUUCAUGACGAAAAGGCUCGCCAACACACUCAAUCUUCGUCGUAGAAAGAUUGAAAUAUCAGUAUCAGGUAUUGGUGAAUCCACGAAACAUAUCAAGAGCAAACUAACUGCUACGAUCCGAUCUGACAUGUAUCCAUAUUCAACGUCGCUUGAAUUCCUAAUUCUCAAAAGACCAACGGUCAAUCUUCCGACUGUUCCGAUCGACACUUCUACCUGGAGAAUUCCAAAGGUCACUCUUGCUGAUCCCCGCUUCCACGUUCCAUCUGACAUAGAUAUGGUUGUCGGUGGUGAAACCUAUCACGAGCUACACACCGGCAACAAGGUUUCCAUUGGAGAAGAUCUUCCAUACUUAAUAGUGACAGUAUUCGGAUGGACUGUCUCAGGAAGGACUUCUGUCAACACACCCAACACUCCACAAGUUUGCCAUCUCACGACUGUCGAUCGGAACCUAGAAAACGCUUUGCAGAAAUUCUGGGAGCUAGAAACCGUCGAACAGUGUUCCCCCCUUUCCACCGAUGAAAAACGUUGUGAAGAAAUAUAUGCCACUACCACCACUCGCGAUUCGUCCGGUCGUUAUGUUGCUCGCUUGCCUCUCACCCUAGAUCCGCUCAUCCCCCUCGGCGAAUCCAGAUCCAUUGCCGAACGCCGUUUUCUAAGUCUGGAGAAAAGACUCGAGCGAGAUCCGACCACCAAUGAAGCUUACUGCCGCUUCAUCAACGAGUACGCCAGCCUCAGCCACAUGAAAAGAAUCUCCGAUCCAGUAGAUGACACCAAAGCACACUGCUACCUUCCCCAUCACCCAGUAUUCAAGAAUACUAGCUCAACUACGAAACUUAGAGUGGUUUUUGAUGCAUCCUGCAAGACCGACAUGGUAAAGAAUACUCCGCACGCGCACUCCUUGAUUCGGCAUCCAUGUGCAACUUCAUGA